AUGAGCGCGUCUGCGGCCACCGGGGUGUUCGUGCUGUCCCUGGCCGCCAUCCCGGUCACCUACCUGCUCAACCAGCUGGCCGCCCACAACAACAGCCCCUGGACGAUUGUAGCUGUCGGAAUUCUGGUUCUGCUUUUGGUGGCCCUGUUGGCUCGCCUCCUCGUCAAAAGGAAGCCCCCCAGAGACCCCCUGUUUUAUGUUUAUGCAGUGUUUGCAUUCACCAGUGUCGUGAACCUCAUCAUAGGACUUGAACAGGAUGGGAUUAUUGACGGAUUCAUGGCAUAUUAUCUGAGAGAGGGGGAGCCGUAUUUGAACACCGCGUAUGGGCAUGUGAUCUGCUACUGGGAUGGUUCGGCUCACUACCUGAUGUACCUCGUGAUGGUGGCAGCCAUAGCCUGGGAGGAAAAUUACCGAACCGUUGGCCUGUAUUGGGUGGGAUCAGUUCUCAUGAGCAUCAUUGUUUUCCUCCCAGGGAACAUUGUAGGAAAGUACGGAACGAGAAUCUGUCCGGCUUUUUUCUUAAGUCUCCCAUACGUGUGUCUCCCGGUGUGGGCUGGUUUCCGAAUCUACCAUCAGCCCUCGGAGAAUUGCAGCGCUCCGGCAAAGGUGAUUGAGGAUGUCCAGAAGAAAGGAUUGCUGCGGAGACCAUGUGAUCUACUCCUGGUUGUGUACCUGAUCUUUGCUACUGGAUUUUGUAUUUUCCGGGGUUUGAUCGCCCUGGAUUGUCCCACGGAGCUGUGCCAGCUGUACCUCCAGACCCAGGAGCCCUACCUGAAGGACCCCGCCGCCUACCCCAAGCUGCAGAUGCUGGCCUACCUGUUCUAUUCGGUGCCGUGGGGCGUGGCGGCCACGUACGGGCUGAUGGUCCCCGGCUGCUGGUGGAUGCGGGAUCUGACGGUCGUCCACGCCGGAGGGCUCGCUCAGGCGCAGUUCUCCCACAUCGGGGCUUCUCUUCACGCCCGGACGCCGUACAUCUAUCGCGUGCCCGAGGAGGCGAAAAUCUGCUUCCUGGGACUAAACCUAGUGUACGGGAUCCUCCCUCAGCUGCUGGCCUACCGGUGCAUCUACAACCCGGAAUUCUUCACCAGAGCCAGGGCACAGGAGAAGAACGAAUGACGAGACGACGAGGUUCGGGCUCUGGGUUGGCGAGGUCGCUGGCUCUUGCUCAGAUCUGACUCCGCUGCCGGGAGAAAGGGCCCGAAGGUGAUAAGGUGGCGGCUCGAGCCUAUUCGAACCGCGAACGGGGGAAACCGGGCUAUCGAAAGUCUGUCUAAAGGGAAUACUGAGUUGCGUAGAAACAGAGUUGGAUUCUGUUGUACUGGUUAGCAAAUUCGCUCUCGGAAAUUAUUUUCAAUAAACUUUUGAUAUGCUACGACA